AUUUCAGUGACUAUAGAUAGUGACUAUCUAUAGUCACUGCGGAUUUUCUAACCUUAUGCAAUAUGCGUAUAGAAACGUGUUAUUUUUGUUCGUCUCGGAUUUACCCGGGACAUGGAAUUCAAUUUGUAAGGAACGAUUGUAAGAUAUUCAAAUUUUGCCGUUCAAAAUGUCAUGCUGCAUUCAAGAAGAAGAAAAAUCCGAGAAAAGUCAGAUGGACCAAAGCGUACAGGAAAACUGUGGGCAAAGAAUUGGCAGUGGAUCCAGCAUUUGAAUUUGAGAAAAGAAGAAAUAUACCUGUUAAAUACAAUAGAGAAUUAUGGAACAAGACGAUUGAAGCAAUGAGGAAAGUAGAAACUAUCAGACAGAGGAGACAGAAUCUACAUAUAAUGCAAAGAUUACGUAAAGGACGCGAAUUAGAACAAGAAAGGGAUGUUAAAGAAGUCCAACGUGAUUUGUCUCUUAUAAGAUCACCUGCUGCAGGACUUAAGGAAAGAAAGAAGCUGGAAGAAGUUGCAGAACAAGAAGAAAUGAUGCAAGAAUCGAAUGAUGAACAAGAGCCAGAAGAAAUGGAAAUGAAUAGUUAAAUUCUUGAUUUCAAACAGAAGCAUCCUUUGCAUUACUUCAUACAUUCAUAUCUUGCAUAUGUUUGUUUCAUGUAUUCAUAUUGAAAGAAUAUUUAAUAAUCAUCUAAUUUGCAACAAA